AUGGUGAGGGCGGUGGUUUUCAUGCUCUUAGCCACCGCCUUCAUCUUCUUCACCCUUAAAAAGCAACAUGGUCAGACGCAGAACCGCCGCCCCACUCGCCGUCUUGGCUAUAAGAUAAAUAUCAACAUUCCUCCGGCGCCCGUCUUCGACCCUCUCGUCACUAAAAUGGAGAGGCUGCACCAGGCUCACGAGAAAGAGGGUGGUGGCGAAAACGAUGGGGAUAAUGAUCGUGACGAUUAUUUCACCGACGAGGGAAAGCUGAACGUUACGUUGAGGUUAAUCGUCUUGUUCCCGUUGCUGGACACGGCGCCAAAAGAUGGGUUUGUCUGCUUGAAGGAGCUGGAGACAUGGAAUUUGCAGCAAGCCGAAGAGCGUUUGAUUUACAGAACGAUCGAAGAGUUGAGACUGCGGGACAGAGAUGGCGAUGGCAUGCUCAGUUUUAGCGAGUGCUUGCCUCGGUUUUCCAAGGAAGAUAUCGAGAAGAACGAAACUGGACAUGGCGAAGCUGGCUGGUGGAAUCAACAAUUUAUCAACGCAGAUGCUGACAAGAAUGGACUUCUGGAUUUCGAUGAGUUUAACAAUUUCUUGCACCCAGAAGACAGUAACAACGAAGAAAUUCAGAAAUGGGUUCUGAGAGAAAAAAUAAGAGGCAUGGACUCUAAUGGAGACGGUAAGCUUGACUUUACAGAAUUUGUUAAGCACACUUAUGAUACUUACAGAAUAUACAUGGAAUUUGAAACUCUUGGAGCCCAAAUUCCCACUGCCGAGGAGAAAUUUGCUGACCUUGACACUAACAAUGACGAAUUUUUGGUCGUCGAGGAGUUGAGACCAAUUAUCCGUUAUCUUCAACCGGGAGAGCUUUCUUAUGCCAAAUAUUAUUCUCAUUAUCUUAUUCGUGAGGCCGAUGACGUUAAGGACGGAAAAUUAUCGCUUGAGGAGAUGUUAAACCAUGAACAUAGCUUUUACAAUACAGUUUUUGAUGAUAUCAUGGACGAUGACUAUGAUGAUUUCCAUGAUGAGCUUUAAGAUGUUAU